AUGCCCAAGGAAGUGAAGCAGAAGUCUGGCCUCAUCGUUGGCCCCAACGCCGGCCACCAGGUCACCCCCAGGACCCCGGCCACCCGGAUCUCGCGGAGGAAGGGUUUCCUGUCCAAGAGGACCGCUUUCGUCAGGGAGAUCACUCGUGAGGUUGCUGGUCUUGCCCCGUACGAGAAGCGUGUCAUCGAGUUGCUCCGAAAUGCCAAGGACAAGCGCGCCCGCCGCCUCGCAAAGAAGAGGCUCGGUACCUUCGGCCGUGCCAAGAGGAAGGUCGAGGAGAUGACCAACGUCAUCCAGGAGUCCCGUCGUGCCGGCCACCACUGA